AUGGAAUCAUGGAGUGACGAACUACUUAUUUGUAUUACUUAUCUUACGGCUUUUAUUUGUGGACGUUGUUGGUGGGGUGGAGAAAAAACAACACACGUAAAAGUACUCUUUUCCACUGAACAAAUAUCUUGCGAUUUUGUACAAGGACUUAUACGUAUAAUUAGUUAUCAACCAUUUUAUGAAGCAUAUGCUGUUUUAAGUGAAGUUUUAACUGAUGAAAAAUUAAAAGAAUUAAAAGUUACUAACAGCAUCUGCAAUUUUCUCUUUGAUAUACUUGAACAAGGAUGGUAUACUCCAUUGAAAAAAUAUAAACAAAUGCCAUUUAUAAAUUUAUUAAGAAGCUUUUCGACUCUAUCAAUGAGCAGUACUAUUCAACAAAAAGUUGCUGAUGGAUAUAAAUUAUCACUUUUUAUUGAAAUGUGUGAUAAAUAUCCAAUUGUAUAUGAUAUUAUAUGGGCGCUUUCAUUUAAUCAAGAUAUUCAACAACAACUUCGUUCUAAUUCAGCAUUUAUGUCUAAAUUAACUCAUCUAGCCAAAGAAAGUAAAAAUGACCAAAUGAAAAAAAAUAUACAUGGAAUUCUUUGGAAUCUUGAAUUAAAUCGUGAAAUUUGUUCAACAAUAGUAAUUAAAGAUGAAGAAAUAUUUGAUAUUAUGAUUAGUUAUUCACAUGAAGAAAAAGUUCUUUGUAAACAAAUCUAUGAUGAAUUGAUUAAAUAUGGUUAUCGUAUAUGGAUUGAUUUUGAUCAAAUGCAUGGAAAUGUUAUGGAUGCAAUGGCACAAGCUAUUGAACAAUCACAUAUAAUAAUUAUUUGUAUGAGUGAACAAUAUCGAAAAAGUAAUUAUUGUCGUGCUGAAGCACAUUAUGCAUUUCAACAGCAACGUAAAAUAGUUCCAAUUCUUUUACAAAAACAUUAUAAACCUGAUGGA